GCCUUUAUUACUCAGUAAUACAUAUUUGCAGUUCCCUUGGUAAUAAUUAUCGUACAGUAAUAUGUGUGAAAGUUCAGUAUGACUCCUUGAAGUAGGACUUUACACUGCCCUGUCAUAAACAUAUUACGUGUCCAUCCCCACCUCCCUGGGAGGGGACCAAUAGGAAAUGAAGUGGGUUCAGCAAUAUGCAGGCAAUACCAUAGUAAUAUUUUUAUAAGAAAGGAGUUCAAUUAAACGGGCUGUACAGACAGUUUAAUUUGAGAAGUGAGAUCACAAGUGAUUAUUACAGAAAUCUAGGAUCCUGGACAUGGAUAUUGAAAAGAACAAGGAUGCAUUCCAGGCCAACACUGUACAGAAUCAGGAGAUCCUGGACUUCCUACUUGAUUGCCAAGGUGGCAUACUAUGCUGUGAGGAUGUUUAUGCACAGUCUGUAUAUGUUGAUUCAGAAACAUAUGCCCAUACCCAAGAUGGUGAAGCAUUCUUAUCCUCAUCUAGGAUUCCUGUUGAUUUGCCAUCAGAUUUCACAGUUUGGUCAUCUCUAGGCAGUGACAGUGUAAUUUCUGAAGAUUUACCAUCAGAACAAACUUGUUGUUUUCCUAAGUGCUGCACAUCUGAAGACAUGUCUGCUCUUGGGAAAUUACAAAAUAGAGAUUUUUCCAUAAGUUUGGAUGUAUACUCUGGAAAAGGCCUUUAUGAAAAUAAUACGGAAUUAAGUAUUCCUAUUGCUGACUCAGACUGCCAUCUGACAGUGAAGGACCUUUUGCUAUCCAGUAGUUGUGACUUGCAGAGACAGCCUACUUCCUUGUUGCAGGGCUGUGCACCAGUGGUUUGUGGGGAUCUAAUUCUGACUGAGGAUGAGAGGAAGUUGCUUGAUAAAGAGGGUAUAACACUGCCUCACCAAUUACCCCUAACCAAGUAUGAGGAACGUGUUCUGAAAAAAAUAAGACGAAAAAUCAGAAACAAACGGUCAGCCCAAGACAAGAAAAAGAAGAAAGAAUACAUGGAUGAGCUAGAAACCAGGAUGUCAACAUGCACAGCCCAAAAUCAGAAGCUACAACACAAAGUUCAACAGCUGGAGAAAGAGAACAUGUCACUUCUUGAACAGUUACGGAAGCUCCAGAUAUUAGUCUGCCAGUCAACAGGGAAUGUUACUCAGACAGGAACAUAUUUGGCAGUUUUACUUUUGGCAUUUUCGCUCAUCAUUUUUCCAUCCUUUAGCCCAUUUACAAAAAAGACUCAAAAAAGCAAUGACUUCAUCCCCGUGCGAGUGUUUUCCAGGUCUCUACAUGACUCUGUCUCUUCAAGGGUGACAUAUUAUUCAACUGAUGCAGAAGAGACUACGGGUUGGGUGCGAAAUGAGCACCAAGGAAUGGACGCACAGUUGGGACCUCUGGAGUACCUAACAGCAUCACUAAGCAGUUACACCAAGCCUCUGGAACACUCACUUGAGAUAAUCAACUACACUCACCGUCUGGAAGGAGGAAGCACUGGCAUAAAGCUGCAGCAGCGACUCUUUGCAGAUAAUGAGAAGUCACAAAAUGUCUCUUUAAGUGAUCAAGUUAUAGGUAAUGUUACCUGGAAGCAGGAAAGGGAGCUAUAAGUCAGCACCUUUACCUUAUAGAACAUGUUACCCCCCCCCCAGAAAUGUUGAACCUGCCACUCUGGUUGUUAAAAAGUUAACAGUAAGGCUGCAGCAUCCCCUUAAUUGCUUAGAAUUGUAUCUCCUCCUCUAAGCCACUCUACCCCCUCCCUCAGAAAUUGACUUUGGCUGUUGGCUAAUGGGCAUGUUCAGUUCUUCUCAGCUCAGAAUACUAAACAUCAAUCUAAACAUCAAUCUAACAGCCAAUGAAGCAAUAGCAUUACUGGUUACCAUAGAAACUCUAGCUGUCUGAUCCUAUUUUUUUCUGCUAACCGCUCAGCUUAACCAUUUUAGUGCUCAAUUCCGCAGAACUUUUUAUCAAAGUAUUUUGUGCCUGUGUAAACCUGCAUUCUGCAUUGCAUGAACUUUACAGCAUACAUGUCCUGUUUGCAGAUGUAAAUGCUAUUUGUUUUAGGAAAAUGUGAUGGUGCUGGCAAAUAAAGGGGGUUUAUGCAGUACAAAUUAUGUGGCUUGGGUGGGAAAGAUAUGCCCAACUACAUGGUUGGAAAAUGUGGGCUUGACAAGUCCUUUAACACAGGAGCAAAGAAUAUUUGACUUCAAGAGUGUCUGUCCAAAUACUGAGAAAGCUUAACUUUGGUGAGUGGGGUAUAAUGAUAUAUAUAUAUAUGAUAAGAAGAAAAGUCCAGUGAAAAAAAUAUCACAGGGCAAAAAUACCCUUUAUAUACCCUUUAUUCAUUCAUAUAAGAACAUAUGCUUACUGAUUUUCAUGAUAUCAUGCAACUUACUUGUAGAUAAAAAAAAAAAGUAGAAAUUUUCCUUUUAAUAAAGUAUGGAAA